GCGCUCCGCUCCCUCCGCCCCGCUCGCACUGUUUGGGAGCAACCGGCCGAGCCAGCGGCGCCCCGGCCCCGCCAGCGCAGCGCGGACCGGCCGAGCGCACCCAGCCCGGCGCGACCCCCGGCGCUCUCCCUCCCUCCUCGCCAUGUCCCUCAAGCAAGCGGCGGCGGCGGCGCAGCCCGCCGGCAACAACCGCAAGCCCCCCGGCGGCGGCGGCCCCGGCCUCCCGUCAGCCGCGGGGAGGCAGAACAUGGGCAGAGGCCGCAGCAGUGGCAAAGGACCACCUCAGCCUACGAUUUCUUUCGAUGGCAUCUAUGCAAACAUGAGAAUGGUUCACAUACUCACAUCAGUUGUUGGAUCCAAAUGUGAAGUACAGGUGAAAAAUGGUGGUAUAUAUGAAGGAGUUUUUAAAACCUACAGUCCUAAGUGUGAUUUAGUGGUUGAUGCUGCUCAUCGGAAAACUGCAGACUCCAGUUUGGGGCCAAAACGGGAGGACAUCCUGGAGAGCAUCUUGUUCAAGUCUUCAGACUUUGUUAUGGUGCAUUUUAAGGAUAUGGAUACCAAUUAUGCCAGAAGAGAUGCUUUUACUGAUUCAGCCAUCAGUGCUAAAGUUAAUGGAGAGCACAAGGAGAAGGAUCUGGAACCUUGGGAUGGAGGAGAGAACACGGCUUCCGAGGAGCUGGAGGCGCUGGAGACCGAUGUCUCUAAUGGAUGGGAUCCCAAUGACAUGUUUCGUUACAAUGAAGAAAAUUAUGGUGUAGUGUCAACUUAUGACAGCAGUUUAUCUUCUUAUACGGUGCCAUUAGAAAGAGAUAAUUCAGAAGAGUUUUUAAAGCGGGAAGCCAGAGCAACUCAAUUAGCAGAGGAAAUUGAAUCAAGUGCCCAAUACAAAGCUCGGGUUGCCUUGGAAAAUGAUGAAAGGACAGAAGAAGAAAAAUAUACUGCUGUUCAGAGAAAUGCUAAUGAAAGAGAAGGACAUGGUGUGAACACUAGAGAAAAUAAAUACAUUCCACCUGGACAGAGGAACAGAGAUGUCCUGUCCUGGGGAAGUGGAAGACAAAACUCACCGAGGAUGGGCCAGUCUGGAUCAGGCCCACCAAUCUCAAGGUCUGGAUCCCACACUUCAGAAUUCAGCCCUAACUCUGGAGCAGAUCAGAGAGUAGUUAACGGAGGUGUUGCCUGGCCAUCGCCUUGCCCAUCUCCUUCCUCUCGCCCACCUUCUCGCUACCAGUCAGGUCCCAACUCUCUUCCACCUCGGGCAGCCACCCCUACACGGCCGCCCUCCAGGCCCCCCUCGCGGCCCUCCAGGCCCCCGUCUCACCCCUCUGCUCAUGGUUCUCCAGCUCCUGUCUCUACUAUGCCUAAACGCAUGUCUUCAGAAGGGCCUCCACGGAUGUCUCCAAAGGCUCAACGGCACCCUCGAGGUCACAGAGUCUCUACUGGUAGGGGUACAAUUUCAAGUGGCUUAGAAUUUGUAUCUCAUAAUGCACCUGGGGAAGCAUCUACUGCUGCAGUGGCACGAGGCAGCCCUUCAGGUGGGACGUGGUCAUCAGUUGUCAGUGGGGUUCCGAGAUUAUCCCCUAAAACACACAGGCCUAGGUCUCCAAGGCAGAGCAGCACUCCCAUGGGACCAGCUCUGCCUUCUCCUCAGCCUGGUACUAUUCCCACUGAAUCUGUUGCCAUGCCUGUUCCAGCUGCCUCUCCUACACCUGCCAGCCCUGCAUCCAACAGAGCAGUCACCCCCUCCAAUGAAGCUAAAGAUACAAGGCUUCAGGACCAGAGGCAAAAUUCUGCAACUGGAAACAAGGAGAAUAUAAAGCCAAGUGAGACUUCUCCUAGUUUUUCUAAACCUGAAAACAAAGGUGUCUCUCCAAUUGUUUCAGAGCAUAGAAAACAGAUUGAUGAUUUAAAGAAAUUUAAGAAUGACUUUAGGUUACAGUCCAGUUCCUCUUCAGAUGCAGUGGAUCAGCUGCUAAACAAAACCCGAGAAGGUGAAAAAUCGAGAGAUGUAGUUAAAGAAAAGACAGAAUCCACCCCUAAAGAGUCUAUCAUAGAAGCUGGCAGUAACACCAACUCCAGUGGUGGCAGUAGCAAACCCAACAGUCCCAGUAUUUCUCCUUCCAUGAGUAACAGCUCUGAGCAAAAGCGAGGGCCUGAGGUGACCUCCCAGGGUGUACAGACAUCUGGGCCUGGAAGUAAACAAGACAAAGAGGACAAAGAGGAGAAGAAGGAUACUUCUGAGCAAGUUAGAAAAUCAACACUUAAUCCUAAUGCUAAAGAGUUCAACCCUCGAUCUUUUGCUCAACCGAAACCUUCUACCACACCAACCUCCCCUCGUCCUCAAGCUCAGCCCAGCCCCUCCAUGGUGGGGCAUCAGCAGCCAACCCCCGUGUACACUCAGCCUGUUUGUUUUGCACCAAAUAUGAUGUACCCGGUUCCAGUGAGUCCAGGCGUGCAGCCUUUGUAUCCUAUUCCCAUGACGCCCAUGCCAGUGAACCAAGCCAAGACAUAUAGAGCAGGUAAAGUACCAAAUAUGCCCCAGCAGCGGCAAGACCAACACCACCAGAGCACCAUGAUGCAUCCUGCCUCAGCAGCAGGCCCUCCAAUUGUAGCUACUCCACCUGCUUACUCUACACAAUAUGUUGCAUAUAGCCCCCAACAGUUUCCUAAUCAGCCUCUUGUGCAGCAUGUGCCACACUACCAGUCUCAGCAUCCUCAUGUUUAUAGCCCUGUAAUACAGGGCAACGCUAGGAUGAUGGCCCCACCAGCACACGCACAGCCGGGUUUAGUAUCUUCCUCUGCAACACAGUACGGUGCGCAUGAACAGACACAUGCUAUGUAUGUUUCCACUGGCUCACUUGCUCAGCAGUAUGCCCACCCUAAUGCUACCCUGCACCCGCAUCCUCCUCAUCCUCAGCCUUCUGCCACCCCAACUGGCCAGCAGCAAAGCCAACAUGCUGGAAGCCACCCUGCUCCAAGCCCCGUGCAGCACCACCAGCACCAGGCUGCCCAGGCCCUGCACCUGGCCAACCCCCAGCAGCAGUCGGCGAUUUACCACGCAGGUCUAGCUCCAACCCCUCCUUCCAUGACGCCAGGCUCCAACACGCAGUCUCCACAAAACAAUUUUCCUACAGCACAACAAACAGUCUUCACCAUUCAUCCCUCCCAUGUUCAACCUGCAUAUACCAAUCCGCCACACAUGGCCCAUGUCCCCCAGGCUCAUGUACAGUCAGGAAUGGUUCCUUCUCACCCAACUGCCCAUGCUCCAAUGAUGCUAAUGACGACACAGCCUCCCGGUGGUCCCCAAGCCGCCCUCGCUCAAAGUGCACUACAGCCCAUUCCAGUCUCGACAACAACACAUUUCCCCUAUAUGACCCACCCUUCAGGUGAGGAGUGUGUGCCUGGGAGACCUGCACCCUAACUGAGCCAGGUCGAGGAGUGAGGACUGGGAGAAACCAGAUUUGGGGAAAAAAAAAUUAAAAAAAAUACGACAAAGACAAGCGACCAACCUUAAGAUGUCCUUGUGUUUCACAGCUGUGCUUUGGCAGCCUGGAGGAGCGUAGGUUUAGCUGAGAUGUACCUAAUUCAGGGAAUAUUCUUGAUUUUUCUCUAGCUGGAGUAGGGAAGAGGAGAGGAGUGAGCCACUGGCACUGUGGGACUGAGUUUUCCGUGGAUUUGCCGUGGGGGAUGGACUGUGUGUAGUUUAAAUGAUCAGAGGUUUGAUUAAAUCUUGAGGGCAGCAGUGAAAUGUUGUGUGUGGGGGUAGGGCUGCUAGGCUGCUGUUAAAGUAAAGUGACAACUGAAAGCUAAACUUUAAUUCAGAGUAACAUUCUGCAGCUUUGCUUUGGGGGAAAAGUAGGAGUUGUGUGACUUCUUUGUGCUUUAAAUUUAACCUUAUUUAGGUUUCUUUGAUUAUUCGAGUUCAAACAGCCUCUGAACUUCUGCAGUGAUUUAGUUUUACCUGGUGUUUCUUGGGGGAUGUGUGAGCAGAACAAAGCUGCUUUCUGAGGGCUUAGGUAGGGAAAGAGCAAAAAAAAAAAACCAUCCCAAGGACAUCUUGAUGUGCAGGGUUUUGUUUUGUUCUCUAAAAAAAAUAAAAGAAAAAGAGGAAAAAAAAAUAAAAAUAAAAGAAAGUUGAGCUCAGUAGUUGUCCUGUGACCACUUUACUAGCAAACUGUUGUGUGGCUUGCCAAUUUAUUAUUUACAUUUGAACUUUUUUUUUACAGUACAAGCCCACCACCAACAGCAGUUGUAAGGCUCAUCUGGAAUAACUGAAAGGCUGGAUACCUUUUGUAGGCCAAAUACCCUCCUUCUACUGCUUCUGCCAACUGGAAGCACAGAAAACUAGAAUUUCAUUUUAUUUUGUUUAAAAAAAAAAAAAAUUUGAUUUCUUGUAACAUCCACUAGGAAUGCUAACAGUUCAUCUUGCAGUGGGAGAGAUUCGGACUGAGUAGAGGCAUUUAGGAACUUGUGGGCUAUUCCAUAAUUCCAUGCACUGUAUCUGAGUCCUGCAAGUGCCCCAACUCUGCUUGCUGAAAACUGGAAGUUAUUUAUUUUUUAAUGACCCUUCAAAGUUAUGAACUCGUCAGCUAGCAAAAGAAGUAACAAGAGUGAUUCUUGCUGCUAUUAUCACUAAAAAUCAAGACUUGGAGAUCCCUUUUACUUCUAACUAAACUUGAAACAGGUUCAGUAAAAAAAAAAAAUUCUAAUCGUCAAACGGAUGAGUUAUUAUUUAUAAAUCACGUUUGAUGAGAUAAUCACUAUCGUGAGACAGUGAUGUAACUUUUAAGUUAAGAAAACUUUUACUUUGUAGAUAAUAUAAAAUAAAAACUUAAAAAAAAAUUAAAAAAUAAAAAAAGUUUUAAAAACUGA